UUCUCACAUCAACCUUUGAUUCUUCUUAUUUUUGUCUUAGUUUUUCUUCCCAAGAAAUGGUGCUAUCUGGUAAGCUUAUUACUGAACUUGGUAUCAAAACACCCGCUGAAAGGUUUUACAAACUAUUUGCGGAAGAACUUCACGAAGCACAAGUCCAUUGUGAAAGAGUUCAUCAUACCAAACUGCAUGAAGGUGAAGACUGGCAUGACACUGAGACAGUUAAACACUGGACUUAUGUCAUAGAUGGUGAGGUACACACAUGCUAUGAUAAUCUUGAAGAAGUUGAUGAACAGAACAAAAAGAACACUUGGAAUUUAUUUGGUGGAGAUAUUGAGAAACACUAUAAGACCUUUAAGCUCACCCUUCAAGUAAGUGAUAAGGCUGAUGAUGGCACUGCUGUUGCUAUAUGGACGGUUGAAUAUGAGAAAAUCAAUGAGGAUAUUCAUCCUCCAAAUGGAUGGAUGGACUAUAUUAGCCAGUGCACUAGAGAUGUUGAUGCUCAUCUUUACAAAACAAGGGUUGCUCGAAAAGAUUAAAGAAAGUAACAAAUAAGAUGGAGUGGCUUAAUGAAUGAAGUUGGCUCAAGUGUUCAUCUUUAUAAUUAAUCAGUGUGAUGUUUGUAAUAUUGUUGUUGCAUAUUGGCUUCUGGGUUUGUUACUAUGUGUGAUCGGUUGAAAAGUGUGACUUAAAUUAUGUGAUGCAGUUCAAUAAAUCGAUAUUUCAUUGUGUUUUUUC